UUCAUCACGUGUCCCUCUCUCUCCCUCUAUACAAUAUCAAACCCUCGCCGCCUCUCUCAUUCUCACAGACUCUCUCUCUCUCGACACUCUCUCUCGACACUCUCUGUCUCUCUGUCUCUCUGUCUCUCACACUCUCUGUCUCUCACAGAUUCAUCUCCCUCUCUCUCAGCGAUGGCUCCUUCGACCGGAAUCCCAACCGAAUCCCGUCGUCGGGCCCGCUCUACCGGAUUACAGCUCCCAGAUAUGCGGCAAGGGAGACCUCAAUUGACCUUAUCGGAGCCUUCUGCCAUGGCCCCUUCUCCUCCUCCUCCUGGAGUUGUACCUCCUGGAGCUGUUCCUCCUGGAGCUGUACCUCCUGGAGCUGUACCUCCUGGAGCUGUACCUCACGCUUCUGUCGGUUCUUCAAGCGCAGUGCCUGCGGCUCCUGCCCCUUAUGUCAGGAGAAGAGAAGAAGCUCUUCUCCGUGCGCCAUCCAGACGUAACCAGCCACACCUUCAUCCUGACAAGCUCAAUGGAGCAUUGUGGUUUGGUAUUGAUCCUGAAGUCCAUGCUUUUAUGCGAGCAACAUGGCAGGGAAACUUCUGGGGGUCGUGGGCAAACUGGACCGAUCUUCCACCUGAGAAGCCCGAUCAGUGGUGGCAUGCGUUCAUUCAACACUACUACUGGGAUGACCAAUUCCAUGAUGAAAUCUACUCGAAAUGGAAGACUCAAACUCAGGUUACUGUCUGUGGCCGCAUCAGCCAGAAGAGGAGAGAUAACAAGCAACCUUCCUACAUGUCAAACACUCAUUGGGCAACAAUGCUUGAGAAGUACAGCACUGAGCAUGCAAAAAAGAAGAGUGCAAAAGCUGCAAAAUCUCGUAAGUCUGCUCCAGUUGGGAAGAAGAUGCACAAGCACGGUGCAGGGCCAUGCUGUUUCCUUGGCAUUCAUUAUAAAAUGAUGGUUGAUGAAGGUUUGGAUGAACUACCUUCAUACACAGCCCUUGCAAGGAAGACUCACACGGGUAAAAAUGGUUCCUUCCUAGACGAACGUACAGAGGAACUUGUGCUGGAGGUUGAGCAAGCCGUUGAAGAGAUGUUAGAAGAGGAAUCUCCACUUGGCGACAGUCCAACUGACUCCACUGCUGCUUCAAAUGCAAAGCGCUAUCUUCUCAACCAAGAAUACAUCAAGAGAGGAACGACAAAGAAGGGUACAGUCUACGGCCUUGGCAGUGUUCAGUACAAGAACAGCAGUCCUUCUGUGCCAAUUCCUGUCUCACUGAAGCGCAACCUUGAUGUGGAUAUGCGCAUGUCUGGCUUCGAGACCACCAUUUCUGAAGUCAAGGAAGACAUUGCUGGAGUCAAGGAAGAUUUCAGUGCUUUGAAGACAGAGAUCAAUGCUUUCAAGACUGAAGUCACUGGGGGGAUGUCAGCAAGCCAAGCAACUCUCAACAUGAUUCUGCAAACUCUCCAAUCUCAAGCUUCCACUCCUGCCUCAACUGCACAACCAUUUCAGCCUCAAGCUCAGUCACAGCCUCAAGGUCAGCCCCAAGCUCCAGUUCAAUCUCAAGCUCCGUCUACAGCUCCACAACAUCUCACGACCAAUAACCAAUCUGACUUAGAUAGGUGGUGCCAAGAUUUUGGUAUGUAAGGUUUGGUCAGUUCAUGUAUUAAGCUACCAUAUUUUGUGUUCUUUGUUUCCAGUUCAUGUAUCUUUUGAAUGUUUAAAACUGCAACUUUUAUGUAAUAUAUUUUGGUUUCAAUGAUAUUUUGGCUUUUUAUUCACA